AGAAUCGAUAGAAUCCAAAUCUCCUGAAAAUGGUGGUGUCACUGAAUGAUAUUCGUCUUUAUCUUUCCCAGGGGACUUAUGUCAAACACCAGCAGGCUUCGAAGCGGAGUGUUAGGGCCGCUGCUGGGAACUUCUGUCUUCGUGAAGAGGUCCUGUACCAUGGGAACAGAAGGGUCCUUUGGACAGAGGAGGAGAAAGUGGCUGUGUUAACCGAAGCCCAUGCAGGCUAUUUUGGACCACGGAGGAUGCAAGCGAAGAUUGCUCCCCGGUUUUAUUGGCGGUCCAUCACACAGGACACAUUGGAUUGGGUGCGCGCAUGUCCUGACUGCCAGCACUUUGAAAAGUUAAAGACCGAGGCGCCUGAGCUGAAGCCCGUCAAGGUCGUAUCACCUUGGUACAUGGUUGGUGUGGACCUCUUUGGACCUGUGAAAAAGUCGUCUAAGGGGAACAGAUAUUGUCUCACUUUGACCGAUUAUUUCACCAAGUAGGAUGAAGCAAGAACAUUCCCAAAAAAGACAGCAGCCAAAGUGAAGAGGAGGCCUUUAGGGACAUUUUCUUUACUCAUGGUUUGCCUGAAGUUAUCCUCACUGACCAGGGCACUGAAUUCAAGAAAGAGAGUUAUGGAGGUUAUUCCAAACAAUAUGGUUAGGCUGGAGACCCUGGAUGGAAAGCCCAAGCAUAUGAUGACCCCGUAUGCAUCACUGAAACCUCUGCGCCCGAGGACUCACCCUGGCUGGCCAAAGGAUUCCCCUUCAGCCCCUGUGCUUCCAGGAGAUGCUGAAAUGCUGACUUCAUCAUCGGAGGAGGAAACUGAGUGUCAUUGUUUCACGGACCAUACAUAUGCUGGCCCCGCAUCACCCUGGAAAAAGGAGCUGCACCCCGACCAGAAACAACUGCUCGAGUAUGUUUUGGCCUGCGAUCGUCCAGCUAUGGAACUGAUCGUUAAAGAGGGAGGGGUGUGUUUAACCCGAGAAGAGUUUUGGUCUCUCGGGUUGUCCAGAGACAUGGACUCCACGGAUGGGAAAUGCUUGCCUCCAGCUGGUUCAGGAAGCUGCUCAGAGACAUGGCAAAGAUGUCUUCAUUGCCAACAUGUAUAUUGUACCAACGUGGAAGCACAAAGACGUCGAUCCAAUGUCAAGCCUUCCAAGGGAUGCACAUCUAAAGGAUGCACUCCUCUUCCCAGCGUGGAGCAAGCACAACAUUACCUUCUCUGUCUGGAGCUGCAGGCACCUCUGCUAACCCCUCUGCUGGCAGCAUGCUCAGACACGCCUCUGCUCGUGCUGAGCACAACACGCCCACACAGCAACAAGCCUGCAAGCAAUCAAUGAUCAGCGCACCUGGACUUGACGAGGGGGAGCGGCAUAAAGACCAGCGGACCUGAGGAACCUUUGCCAGAACGUCGCUCCGUGAUCGUGCCUUGUCACUCCAUACCCAUCCGGAUUCCUGACUGCUCUCCCUGAUCCACGGCCUCCCUGCUCGGAACCAGACCACUAGUGAUGGGUUGAUGAGGCCUCAUUAAGCGUUUCGACACAUUGCAAAACUGUAUUGUAGUGAUGGGUUGAUGAGGCCUCAUGAAGCGUUUCGACACAUUGCAAAACUGUAUUGAUACUGUGUCGAUACUGUGUCACUAAAUACUGACAUCUGCUGGACAUUAAAAAUCCCUACAGGCAACCUAUGGACCGACUCAACUGACACUGAUUUUAUGACCUAGUAUAUACAAUAAUAUAAACCAAGUCAUUGUAUUUCAUUUAGGAUUAUUUCAUAUCUUCAUUUAAAUAAAAAUAUAUUUUUAUCUUUUUUAGAUACAGUCAAAUAAUGUGAACAUGUA